CAUAGCUAGCAAAACGUAAAUACACGUCAGGUUAAAUCAGCCCGGAAAGUUCCACAUCAUUCAGAUCCAGUCUCAAGAACAAUGUUAGACUUUAUAGAGUGAAACCUAUUGCAGGAGUGGUGAGUCAUCGUUCCCCAAAUCCCCUUUUGGUUGCCCUUGGUUGGAACUAACAAAUGGUUGAUGGAUGCAGCCAACAACAGAGCAAAUCUAAGGAGAAUUUGCUCACUUUUAGCUUGCAUUGCAGUGGUCUGCAACAGCAUUGCGUCAACGGAGGGGAACCCCGGGACUUUAGGCGAGAAUGACAGUGACCGUUUGGGAGAUGGCGCAGGUAUUGGAAAUGUUGCGAAUCGCCCGUCAUCAGAAAGGUGUACAGCCUCUCACUCACAAGGUGUCAACAGACCGAUGAUGAUCGUCAGUACUGUGGAUGGGAAGGUUCUUGCGCUGGACAUCCAGAAUGCCGGUCAACAGCAGUGGAGUAUGGAUGCUGGGGUUGGUCCUCUUCUCUCAUCAUCCAUCAGUCAAUUUGAGAUCAUGGGUCCAGAGGGAUUAUACAAGGUGAUCCCCUCACUGAACGGAGGUCUGUUCAAAUGGGAUGGAGAGACUCUAGAAGCAGUUCCGCUCACAGCAGAGACUCUUCUCAGUACCUCCUACAGACUCAAUGAGGAGACGAUGAUGGUCGGUGGAAAGGAGAUUAACACCUUUGGUAUUAAUGCUAGAACUGGAGAGUUGCACUAUAUUUGUGGAACUGGCGGAUGUCAGCUUUAUGGAGAUGAAGCAGAAGAUGACCAGGAUAUCAUUGUCAUUCAGCAUACCAGGCAAACUGUGAGGGCAGUAGACCAAAGAAACGGCAUGGAAAAAUGGAACUUCAGCGUGGGCCAGCAUGAUGUCACGUUCCUGAAAGGAAAGCAGCCCUCAAACGAUGAUCUAGCGGAGGAAGAAGAAGUGGUGUGCGAAGUGGACGAUGAAUACGACUCUGAGGAUAACAUCCCAUCAGUGAAAGUAGACAUGGCAACCAAAACAGUCUUUGCUCAGGGCGGGGCUAGUGGGAGACAACUGCUUUGGUCUCACGAGUUGGAGAGCUGCAUAGCAAAUGCAUGGACAAUCCAAGAUGGCGUUGUGAGGGUGGUUGACCUCUUUGAACCUGUGACCCUUGGCCUUUCCUCUGGUGCUGACCCUCAGAUGACCCCAUUCUUCUCUGAUUAUUCCCAACCUAUGCUGUUCAUAGGAAAGCACAAGGACCAGCUCUACGUCCAGCCGUCACCAAACACCAACUCUGAGAUCUCCCAGGCUGCUUGGGCGGCCCAGCGAGGGCAGGCUAACCCUCAGGACGGUAGCCUUACAGCACCUAGGGUACGCUGGAGGCCCUAUGCAUACACCUCUGUCUCCAGGACACCCACCAUCGUAGCAGCCAAGAAUGAGGAGAACCUGCAGGCUGCUGGCAACAAGGACAAGGGAGAAUCUAACAGGGAUGUCAGUGUGUGGAAUCAGUACCCCUUUGACAAUGGAUACUACCUACUGCACCAGCUGACCCCUAUGCACAUGAUGCCACAGAAUAGACAGCUAGAGGGCAAUGAAAGUCAAGAUGGCGGCUUAGAAAUACUCUUCAGUGUGUCUGUUUGGACAUGGUGGAGGGAAAUCUUUGGAACCAGUAUGCUACUUGCUAUUGGGAUGCAACUGUUCUUCCAUUACGUUCUGAAACCACGAAGGAAAAGGAGAGCUGCUGAGAAAGAACUGAACGAUGAAGGAGAAGAGACAGAAAAGGAGCAGGGGAAACCAUCCAGCCCUGAACUGGACCGUUCAAGCGACCCUCUAGCUCAGGAGUACAAGUCAAGGUACUUGACUGACUUUGAGCAUACAGAGUGCCUUGGUAAAGGAGGGUUUGGAAUCGUCUUCAGAGCAAAGAACAAGGUGGAUGAAAACAAUUAUGCCGUCAAGAGAAUCACCCUCCCAAACAGAGAGGAAGCGAGAGAUAAAGUCCUAAGAGAGGCCAGGACCCUGGCUAUACUGGAUCAUUCAGGCAUUGUAAGAUACUUCAACUCCUGGCUUGAAGAGCCCCCUCUAGGUUGGCAAGACAUCCAGGAUAAGAAAUUUGUGGGUGAAAGCAGUCUUGGUGGGAAUGAUGGUCUAACUUCUCUGGAUACUCCAGCCUUCUUCAACAAAAACAGCGAGCUCAUCCGAAACCAUGAUCAGUUGAUGCAGCAGACGGGCGGCAGAUCAAGCAUGGGUCCAAGCUAUGUUCCUUUCAGCAAAACAAGGGAAAGUCCCAUCCUUAAAUUUGACCUGUCGGAUGAUAGCAAUGUUAGCAGUGAGGGCAGGGUCGAUCAAAAAGGAGACAACAAGAGAGCGGGAGUGGAGUCUGACAUCCUCUUUCCCGGAGCCGUUUGUGAGUUUGAGGAGAGUGGUUCAUUCAGUAUUGUAUUCCAAGGCACAGAAGAGGAAAACAGUCAAAAUAUGAGUGUUAUUUCAGACACAGGAGAAGAGACUCCACAGAAUCUAGCCACCUUUGAUGAAAGCAUAUCCAACAGAAGUACCGACACAUCCCUUGAUAAUACAAUGGAUGUACCCUUCAAGCACUAUGCUAAUGAUGCGAAGGAUAUCAGAGACCUUGAUCGAAGCGAAUCAUUCCAGAUAGUCUUUGAGGAUUCAGGGUGCACCGAUCAGCCUAGGUAUUCAGACUCCGAGUCCACCCAGUCGGACACCUCUAAAUCCUCCAAAAAUAGUUCAACACCAAGCAGCGCUCCUUGCAUGGAAGGACAUUGGAGAGAGACGUCCUCGCACCAUGCCACGGAUCCAAGCCAGACCCCCACCACGACAUCGUUGGCAGUGAUGAAAGUGCAGAAGAUCUACCUGUACAUUCAGAUGCAGCUGUGCCGUAAGGAGACCCUCAAGGAUUGGCUUAGUACUAACACGCUGUCCAGGGAUAGAAACAAAGUGCUUCAUAUCUUCCAUCAGAUCCUGGAAGCGGUCAACUACAUCCAUGGAUGUGGUAUGAUUCACAGAGACCUCAAGCCCUCCAACAUAUUCUUCUCUGUGGAUGGGAAAAUUAAGGUAGGAGACUUUGGUUUGGUGACGGCCAUUGAUACGAGCAUGGAAGGAGCUGAAGACUCUGUAGAUGGGGCUGCUGGACAUCUUCAUACUGGCAGAGUAGGAACCCAGCUGUACAUGUGCCCAGAACAGGUCUCUGGUCAGAACUACGAUCACAAGGUGGAUAUUUUCUCUCUUGGACUCAUCUUCUUUGAGCUGUUCCAUCCCUUCUCAACCCAGAUGGAACGCAUCACCGUCAUGUGCAAAGCCAAGAGACAGGAUUUCCCUAAAAGAUUCACCAAAGAACUACCCCUAGAGGCGAAAUUUGCAAAAUGGCUGCUAUCCCACGACCCUGACCUCCGACCUGACACCGAUGAAAUAAGUGAGAGCGACAGUGACAUCUUUAGCCAACUAUACGAGGACUACGUUCCACCUUCCUAUCACAAUGUUAGGAACAGAGGAAUUUCUAAUUCAUCGAGAUAAUGAUGGCAGCAAGGUAGUCUAAAUAUAUACAGACUCUGUCGAACAUUUUCAGUGUGAAUUCAAGAGCCAGUUUUUUUCAUAUUCAGGAGGAACAGAUGCAGGAGAGAGCCUGCAGAACUGUUUAUCCACAUUCCAGGAGUCAAUUAAAGGGGCUGUAGCAUGGGAAAUACUGGUUGACGCCAUCUACGUCUCCUUUUGGACAACUGCACGUACACGAAUGGACCGAAGUUCUCCUCACACUUCAGUUUUGCAUAAUGUUGCAUGCACGUGAAUACGUAGGCCUACUGCGGUUACGUCGUCCGUAGUCGUAUUAUACCUGAUUUUCCCCAAGUGGGCCUCGGGGGCAGCGCAUAGUCUCGUCAUGCUACAGCCCCUUUAACAAAUGUUAAUGUUGAUUCAGCACAAGGAAUACUCAGUUCACUGCAUAUAUUGGACAUGUUGCAUUUCAUGCACUUUUAUGUAUUUCAUUAGAAAAUUAGAGGGAAAUAUGUAUUAGGAACCUUAUCAUAAGGAACACUGUUAGGACACAAGUUCAUUAUUUCAUGGUUGCUUUGCAGGUCACACUUCUUUUAUUCUAUUGUGUCUUUAAGCCCUGAUGUAAUGUCCAAAGAAGUUUGUAUAACAUGGUUCUGCUGUAUAUAAGUGUUGUGGAUAAAUAGUGCAAUCAUCAAGGCCUUGAAGCAGCACUUUCCUUGGAAGAAGAAGAAAAGGGUAGUUUUAGAGAUAGAAUGUGAUGGAACAUCAAGUGUUUUAGUCACCUUCACUGCACCCGACCCUAGUUUUAUGAUUUGAGCUGUUUAAAUAUACCUUGAAGCAACUUGGUUGUGUUGGAUUAGAAGAUGGGUACCUGGUAAAAAAGUUACGGGGAGGUAGUAACAAAAUUCCUUGAAUUCUGCAAUAAUAUCUUUACAUGUAAUAGAGAGGUAACAUAAAUGACCAGUCCUAUCUGACUGAUAAACUAGAACUGUAAAAUCGGCCUACUGAAGUUUAUGCAUAAAAGGUAAUGCAUAGAUGCCACCAGGAGAAAAUCAGUGUUAACUUAAAUAAUUGAAAUGUGACCUACACUGCCAAUAGCCAAUACUUUUUUCACAUGAACAUCAGGAGACUGAUUUGGUAUGGAUUUAUAUGUAGUUAUUGUUAACGGAUGAAUAGGACUGGCCGUAAAUGAGACUAAGUAAAUUUGCUGCUACUUUGUCAUGGAUGAAUGGACUGGAAUUGAAUCAAUACAUAAUUGCAUUGCAUCAAUUAUGAUUUUUCUGCAUUCCUGACAGUGCUGUUGGACAAUAUGUCCCAAUGGUGAAUAGUUAAUACAGUUGUGAAACUGUUAAGUAAACACCAUAAUGUGCAAUUUAUAGAAGUGUGUUUAUCUUUAGUAUGUAGUAUGAGAUAUGUGUCACUGUUGUACCAGCUCACCUCCUUGUCAGUUUGUUUAAUGGAGUUUUCUGUAACAAUUAAACCAAACUAAGUUUAGAUAUACAUUCAUCGCUAUUCUAGUAUGUUUCAGCAUGGAAAGGUGAAAUAAAAAGAGUUUGGGGGCGUAAGGUCACAUGUUACGGUCACAUGAUCAUUGCUCUGUGAACAUACAUAUAGGCGAUGGUAUAUUAGAGGUUUUUGUUAUAUCCAACAAAUAUUUUCUGUAAGUUUAGUACAUAUGAAAGUGUGCUCAACAUUUUCUUCUUGCAAAGAGCUUGCAAGAAUUCAAACUGAAAUGUCCCAUUUUUGUGCUGUGAACAAGUGUAAAGUAAGUUUUGCAUUUUUUUUUUUUUUAUAUUUGUGUAUAUUUGCAGUCUACUUUAUAAGCUUUGUAUUUAUUUUUGUUUCCCAAAUUACAUGUACCUUCUUUGAUUUAAAGUAGACAACCCAAUACAUUGUAGUGUUAAUGAAACAUAAAAACUUGAAAUAUGAAAAACAGAAUAUGAACCGGUCAUGAUUUUUCCUAUGUUAUGACAAGAUAUUGUAUAUCUUGAUUAAGAUUGUGCAAAGAGUCGAUCAACAAUUGUGAUUUUACAUUUAAUGACAGCUAACAUUUUACAGGGCUUUAAUUUCUUUCCUGUUAUUUUGUAUAAGUUCUCCAAGCAAGCAAUAUAAAAAUAGAAUGUUUCAUAAACAAACAGUUCUUUAAUUUCCUUCAUACCUCCAUUACAUAUAGGUUUUAAUGAUACCAAAAAUUGUGUUUUAUUGUUAUUUGUCCAUUCGAAAAGUUAUACCCUAACAUCAUGAUGUCUUCCAUUUAAAUGCAUAUGUCUUCAGAAAUGAAUAGUUGAUUAUGAAAAGUGUUUUAUUCUUGUAAGUUCAUUUUUCAGAACUUUAUUUUUUUUAAAUCAUUUUUUGGGGGAGAAUAUAUGCCAUAUCAAUUAUAUUUGUCCAAUGUUCUUGGAUAAUCUGAGCAAUGGUAAACCAUUUCACUGCAACACAAUUAUAGCCAUAGCAAAUUUUAAAUGAAUAUUUGAAGUACUUGUGUAAGCAUUGUGAUGCGUUAUUCUAUCAGGAACAUGUAAUGUAAAGUAUAGUUAAAGGAUUAUGAUGUAAAUAAAUAUAUGAUCAAAUUCA